GUCAAGGAUCUUUUCCAUCCUUCUGCAGAACACGCGAGAGACGAAACAGCAACCACUCAACAGAGUCUCAUUUUUCAGGAUGGCAAACUGUCAGAGUGUAAUAAUAAGAUUGAAGUUUGCGGGGUCUUUCUUCCUAUACAGCGCAGAGCUCAGUGUAAAUGGCAAUGGUGGUAGUUAUUAAUUGGUCCAGACACUCUUGCUUAAACUUACGACCCCGUGCUGUCUUUCCUCCAGCAGUUUAGCCCAGAAACAAUCCGUGGCACCACUCAGACUCAUUAGACUAUCAGUACCAUGGCACCAUCGCAUACCCCGACUGCUGGACCUUCCGCAGUUUCUUAUUAGUGACAGUGCGUCAGUAGAGGAAUCGUUUACGCACGAGCCAAUACAGGCAUAAGGCGACGGUUGAGAUUUUCUGAUCUCCUUUUGCGCCAUGGAGAACUCCAGUCUGCCGGGUGGAAGUGCGCAAAGUGCUGGUUCGGUGGACUUUAUUACUUUAAAGCAAGUGGAUUCUCCGGAGGAGGGUGUCAUGAAGGGAUUAGGAGCGGUCGGUCGUGCCGUGUUUCUCCAAGGCAGCGGUUACAGGACUGUAGCCGAGUUUAUGGCCGCUCUCCCGACGGAAACCUCUCACCUGAUGCCUGCCUUCUGGGACUCCCCGCUCAGUCACGGCAUCAAUGUGUUCGUCGGACUGGUACUUUGCUUCACUAUGUUGGGGCUGGGCUGCACGGUGGAGGUCAGCCAGCUCGGAGAACAUAUCCGCCGACCCAUCGGGGUGCUCCUGGCUCUGGUGUGUCAGUUUGUUAUCAUGCCACUAGUGGCUUUUCUUUUGGCGCUAGCCUUUUCUUUGGAUGAUGUGGCAGCGAUGGCCGUGCUCCUCUGUGGCUGCUGUCCUGGAGGAAACUUGUCAAAUAUUAUGUCUCUGCUUGUGCACGGAGAGAUGAACCUAAGCAUCAUCAUGACCAUAUCCUCCACUCUGCUGGCGCUCGUUUUGAUGCCGCUCUGCCUCUGGAUCUACAGUCGAGCCUGGAUCAACACCCCUGUGGUUAACCUCCUGCCCUUUGGGGCCAUCAUACUGACACUUUGCAGCACCCUCAUCCCCAUUGGGUUUGGAGUUAUGCUUAGGUACCGCUACACGCGAGUGGCGGAUAUUGUUUUAAAGGCUUCUCUGUGGUCUUUGUUGUUCACCCUGGUGUUACUCUUCAUCCUGACUGGAGCAAUGCUGGGGCCAGAGCUGCUCUCCACCAUCCCGCCUUCUGUCUACGUGGUGGCUGUGCUGAUGCCUCUGUGCGGUUACGCUGCAGGUUACGGGCUGGCAGUGCUUUUUGACUUGCCCCCCAACAGUCGCAGGGCCGUGUCUCUGGAGACGGGCUGCCAGAAUGUGCAGCUGUGUACGGCUAUCCUGAAGCUGGCCUUCCCUCCUCAGCUGAUGGGGGGGAUGUACAUGUUUCCCCUGCUCUACGCCCUGUUCCAAGCAACCGAGGCUGGGAUUUUCAUCCUGGCCUACAGGAUGUACAGGAGGGAGGUCCUGCAUAAACCAGAUCCCAUGGUGGACGGUGAGGACACGGACAUAAAUUAUCAAAGGUUUGAAGACGAGGACUUUGAACCGUCAUAUGGUGCGGUAACAGUGAGCGACCCAAACACUAUCAUGCUGGAUCCUUGUCCUCCUGAUCCAACUCCAGUUUAAUCUGCAUAAAGAUAAUAAUUUAAAAAACAAAAAUCGCUGCUCCACUAUGGAGGACCAAAACUGCCAAAUUGAAAAAAGAAAGAAAAAACAUAUAUAUAUGACUCAGUAACUCAAUUAAUAGACAUUAAAUUAUUACUUAAACACAGAAAUGA